CGGCGCCGCGCGGGGAAAGCCGAGCUGCCCCCGCACGGGGCUCGGGAUGUGGCGGGGCAGCCCCGCGCGGGCCGCGCCGACACCCGCAGAGAAUUUCCAUUGCGCUCAGCCGAGCGAAAGGGACUCGGGUUCAGAUCCCGGAAUCCGGGCUGGCAACGACGCCCGAGGCGCCAGAGCGGGGAAGGAACCGACCCCGGAGAAGGCAGCGGGGAGCGCUGGGGAGAGGGGACCGCGGGGGGAUCGAGUAGCAAAGCGGCCAAGCCGCGACUGACAGCGCUCCCGCCCUCUGAUUGAUCAAAUCGGCUCAAAUUAGCGGCAGCACCGGCUGCUCCCGCUGUGUCUGGCCGGGAUCGGAGCGGCGGCGGCGUCCGGAGCCCGGCGAGGCGGCGGCGGAGGUCGGAGGCGGCUCCAGCCCAGGGUGCCAUCACCGCGGGUGUAAAGCUGCUCCCGAGGCGAUCUCCGAGAGGCUUUGUCAGCACUCCUGAUGACUCGGGAGCAAGGUGCUGUUUGUUCCAGGGAGAGAGAUGUGGGCAGUGACCUGGAGGAGAGUGAAUUCUGCUCCACUCAUGGGGUGGUGAAGGAGGCUCUGGAGAACAGAGCAGCAACAGGGAAUGCACUCAGAAGAUUCCCGGGUAAAUGGUUCAGCUCCCAUCCCGUGCUCGUGGUGCUGCUGAUUCUGCUGCUCCUGGUGCUGGUGCUGGCUUUGGGGGUGGCCUUGGCUGUGCAGUCAGCAGCACAGCUUCCACCUACACCUUCGACUCCACAGUGCUGUCCUCAUGGCUGGGUUGGGUACAAUGGAGUCUGCUACUACUUGUCAAGGGAUUACAGCACCUGGGAGCAGGGUCAGGAACGGUGCUCCGAGCUCGGGGCCUCCCUGGCCAUUCUCAAGGAUGAGGCCAUGGAUUUGCUCUUCCGCCUCCGCGGGAACGUCGAUUACUGGCUCGGGCUGCGCAGACGGGGCGAGCGCCUGCACUGGGGGGACGGCAGCAGCUACAGCUCCUGGGUUCCUGUCCUGGGCAAUUCCGAGUGUGUGUACCUGGCUGACGAUAAAUUCAGGACUAUGAGCUGCUCAAAUGAGCGGCCGUAUGUCUGCAGCAAGGCCCAAGCUGCCCUGUAACAGGCCUGGAGAAAGGACCUUGUCCACGCUGGGUACUGCCAGCUUCACUUCUUAGCCCGGCACAGGGCUCUCCUUCCUCAGCUGCACCUGUAUUAAUACCUAAAUGUGAAAGCCAAUAACUAUAUUUGUUAUUUAUAACAUUAUAUAACAAGCUCUAAUGGGAAAUCCAAAUUCCCCUGGGCUCUUGGAAAUCAUCACAUACUGGUCUGCACAUGACACAUCUGGACUGUCUUUGGAAGAGGAAGAAGAGCGGCUGACACGUGCUGAGGAAGAAUCACACUUUCGGCAUCAGGCCCCUGACUGUGAAGAAGGGUCUGUCAGCUGCUGGCUCUCUCUCUCGGCUUUGGAGGAGGAUUGUCAGAGCUGCUGCCUGGGGAAGGGAAUUCGCUGCCACGGCCAUAACCGAGCCCAGAGCUGCUUCCUCUGCUGUGGGGUGAGCCUGUGCUUGUGAGAGCAGCCCCUGAACGGGGCCCUUAUUAUCCCGCUCAGUGCCCCAGGGCCCUGUCCCCCCUGCUCGGGUGCCGGAUCCUGAGCUCGCCUCUCCCUGCCCUGCUCAGACCCGGCUGCCGCUGCCCCGGCCCUGCCACCAGCGCCCCUGCCGGCCGUGCCCGGAACUGCACGUGAGGGGAAAGUGCCCGUGGCUGAGCGGGGCCGGGGCUGGGUUUGUGUCUGCUCGGGGCAGGGCUGCGCUGCAGGGGUUUGUGUGCCUGGGACAGAGCAGUAAAGAGCUGCUGUUCUAUUCUCAUAGCUGUGCCUGAGAGACCCUUCACUUCUAAAUUAUAAUAAUGCAGAGGGAGCGGGGUUACAUUUUCCAUUGCCAGGGAGGCUCCUGCCUUCCUUAGCAGACCCCUGCCUUUCAAAGCAAAACACCCCCAUCCCUCUGUGCCACUGUGUGGGGAGGAGGGAGGGAGGGAAUAGGGGAUAAAGAGAAGCCCAGGAAGGAGAGAACAGUGUGGGGGGAAGGUGCAUUUUUAGAAUUUGUGGUACCUCUCAUUCCCUUGCUCAGAUUUGUUUGAUAAUAAAUUCAAUUAAUUUCCCCAGUCCAGGCCUCAUUCCCCAGUUACGCCCAUGCUGGGUGAGAGAUCUCUCGCUGCCUUUACUGAGACCUUCGAGCCUUUCCUGCUGUGUUCUGUGGCCUGUCCAGGGGCAGGAGGAGAGGCACAGAGCGCUUUUGCUGGCUCUGGGCACCUGGCCUGGCCCAGCCCAGCCCAAGAGUCCCUGCCAGAAUUCACUGCACCAUUUCCCGGCCCCACGGUGGCUCUGGCUCCACGGGCAGGCGGCUCCAGGAGUUCAGAGGGGACAAAAUGGGACCGAGGGAGAGGAGGCAGCUGGAGCCAGUGGGGGAAAUGUCUUUGCUGUGAGCUGGCAGGGAGAGGAGGAGGAGGGAGAAAGUGGUGCAAAGUGUCCUGGUUUAGGGCAAUUUUGGGAGAAAAACCUUUCAAUGUGUUUCCUCUAGAAAGCAAAUUCAAGCUGCCCCACCUCCAUAUGGUCUGGAAAAAAGAUUUCCUUGGAAAAAAAAGCUGAGAAAAUGUUUCUUUAACCGGCUGUCCGGGUUUGACAGGGAAGUGAAUUUUUUCAGGAGGUUGGGGUCAAACCAAUCAGUGCUCAGAUUUGGAUAUUGACGCUUGGAGUGACCACUGAAGGCAUGGACACGCCUCUGAGCACGCAGGGCGUUGUUAAAAGCAGAGAACGCCCAGGGGAACUCCCUGUUGUGCUGCGGUCGGUGAAGAGUGCAGACCCGUCCUGCCCAGCCACAGGCUGCGUGCGGGAGAGGAAGCCAUGCGGCCUGGCUGAGGGAGGCUGGAGCCCCCGAGAGAGAGGGGGGUGAGGGGAGUGGAACCAGGCCGGCCCCCCACAGGACAGAAGCGUGGAGGAACACUGAGAUGUCCCAGGCAGCCCCCCGAGAGUGAGAGAGAGAGAGGGCCCGUUCCACCCGGAAGUUUGAUAUCAUGUGCCGGCAGAGAAGACAGAGGUGGGGGUUCGGCAGUCUGCUGAGAGAUCUCAGCCGUCCUGGGAGCCCAAGACUUUCAACCCUUUCCUGGCAAAAGAAAGCUUUGCAAAACACUACUCCUCCUCGAUUUGAAAGAGAAAAGAGGCAGUCUGGGACCUGAGAUGUUAGAAGAAGAAAUUCUAGGUGGGAGAAGAUGAUGGAGUGGCCUUGGCUGGACUUUUCUUGUAUAGCCAUAGACUGAACCAAUCUCUCCUGCAACACAGAGACUGCGUUUUUAGGGGGAUGCAAUGACUUGAGCCAAGAGAGUGCAGGAGUGGGAGUGAUCUCUUCAGCAGCUGCAAGUGCAGGAAUGGAGUGAACAGAGAAAAGUUGAGGAGGGUGUGGUGGUGCCCUCUGUCUUGAGCAAGAAGAAGAUCUCUGUUCUUGAGACCCUUGGCCCCAGGGGAGGAGAAAAUGGGGGGGACUGUUGUCCCAAAAAGGAGAAACUGUUGGACCCUCAGCCCCAGGGGAGGAGAAGAAUGGGGGGGGGGGGGACGACACAGUGGUGCCAAAAAGGAGAAACUGUUGUUCUUGUGGUCCUUGGCAAAGCAUCCUUACAGGAGCCCUAUGAGCAGUCUGUCCAUGCACGGUGGUGAGGGCACUGUGACAUGGAAAGGAGAGUGUCACACUGGCAGAAUUCCUACGGGCGGUUGCCAUGUGUGACAUGGAAACACAGGAGGUUGCAAUUGUGUUUCCUGGGGGUCUGUGGUACAGGAGAGACUCCUCUGUCCCUUGAUGAACUAAGAAUUGAUUAUCUGAGGGGUGGUAACUUGAUCAGGAAUCCAGGGUUGUGUCUCACUGUGUUUUGGUGGAAAUUGGGUGAGGGGAGGAGGAAUGUUUUGGAGGUUUUUUUCAUUCUGGAUUCAGUGUGUGUCUUUUAUUAUAGUUGUGGGGUAAUAAAGUUUUUUCCCUUGUUUUUAA